GGCCUCUGUCUGUGAAGGAUGCUGAAGAAGAGCAGCCUGGUCCUCUGGGGCGUGGUGCUGUUUGUGGCCUGGAACGCCCUGCUCCUUUUCUUCCUGUGGACCCGGCCCCCAGCCUUUGACGACCACAGCCACUUGACCGAGGAGGUCAUCCGGCUGGCCCAGGACGCUGAGCUGGAGCUGGAGAACCAGAAGGACCUGCUGCAGCAGAUCCACCGGUACAGCGCCCUCUGGAGCAAGAAGAGGAAGAAGGUGGAGGAGACGGGUCGGCUCCCACCGGCCGCCGCCGCCUCCAACACUGGGGCUUUGCCCACCACAGAGGCCGUCCCGCACCGGUCCCGGGCCUCCCCAGAUGCGGUCCUGCCCGUGGUGGUGAUUGCCUGUGACCGCAGCACGGUCCGUCGGUGCCUCGACAAGCUGCUGCACUACCGGCCGUCCCGGGAGCGCUUCCCCAUCAUCGUGAGCCAGGACUGCGGGCACGAGGAGACGGCCCGGGUCAUCGCCUCCUACGGCGAGGCCGUCAUGCACAUCAAGCAGCCGGACCUGAGCGACAUCCCGGUGCCCACAGACCACCGCAAGUUCCAGGGCUACUACAAGAUCGCCCGACACUACCGCUGGGCCCUGAGCCAGGUUUUCCGCACCUUCCAGUACCAGGCGGCCAUUGUGGUAGAGGAUGACCUGGAAGUGGCUCCAGAUUUCUUCGAGUACUUCCAGGCGGCCUUCCCGCUCCUGCUGGCUGACCCCAGCCUCUGGUGCGUCUCGGCCUGGAACGACAAUGGCAAGGAGCAGAUGGUGGAGGCUGGCCGGCCGGAGCUGCUCUACCGUACAGACUUCUUCCCUGGCCUGGGUUGGCUGCUGCUGUCGGAGCUGUGGGACGAGCUGGAGCCCAAGUGGCCCAGAGCCUUCUGGGACGACUGGUUGAGGCAGCCGGAGCAGCGCCGCAGCCGCUCCUGCAUUAGGCCUGAGGUCUCCCGCACCAUGACCUUCGGCCGCAAGGGCGUGAGCCACGGGCAGUUCUUCGACCAGUACCUGAAGUUCAUCAAGCUCAACGACCGCUUCGUGCCUUUCACCCAGCUGGACCUCUCCUACCUCAAGAAGGAGGAGUAUGAGCGCUCGUUCCUGCCCAAGGUCUACGACGCCCCCGAGCUGCGGGUGGAGGAGCUGCAGGGCAACCAGCGUCGGGAACUGGGCACCGUCCGCGUGCAGUACAGCAGCCGCGACUCCUUCAAGGCCUUCGCCAAGGCCCUGGGCGUUAUGGAUGAUCUCAAGUCGGGGGUGCCCCGUGCUGGCUACCGCGGCAUCGUCAGCUUUCUCUACCGCGGCCGGCGGGUCUACCUGGCGCCCCCUUCUGACUGGACGGGCUAUGACCCCAGUUGGAGUUAGCACCGUCUCUCCCCGGACAUUGACCCUUGAGCAUGUUGGACCCAUAAAGAUCAUGGAGCGGGUGGGCGGGGUGUGUGUGUAUGGGGCAGGGACUCAGACCUUGUAUUUUUGUUUUCUGAGUGGCAUUCGAGUGCAUUCCGGGGUGGGGCAGGGUGUGUGUGUGUGCACUUAAUACGGGGGGGGGGGGAG